AUGGAACGGCUCUUCGGCGAACAAUGGAAAGCCCUCGGUAUCUACGAUGCCGUCCUACUCUCGUCAAUGGAUGUCGUUCUCGACAAUGAGCUUCUCCUGGCCGCCUUGUGCUUUUGGUGCUCGGCCACCAACACCCUGGUUCUUCCUCUUGGUCCCAUCGGUCCCACCAUCCUUGAUGUCACCGCCAUUCUGGGGACUUCGGCAACCGGGAUCCCUAUCGACGCGGCCCUCUCUGGGCACCCGUCGAAUAUUGAUCUGAAGACGUUUUUUGAUCGACGAGCUUUCGAGGCCUUGAACCGUAGUCGGCAUUCGAGAAAAACGGAGGCUGUUGCCGCGGCCACGGUCGAGAAAAAAUCGGCCGUGGUUAAAAGGGAUAAGGCUGCUGGUCGGGCCGUGCUGACCAAACGACCUCGCCAAGAGGCCGAGCCGGUCGUCGAACCUCCGCCGCCUGCCAAGCGGGUAAAACAGCUGGCAAAGAAAGGCGCACGGGAGAUCCACGUCAUCUCCAGUCAAACUACAGAGGCAACGACUCCCAGUGUUUCCCCUUCUCCUGCCGUUGUUCAACCCUCGGUCGAGAAACAGCCCGCCCCGGCCGCAGCGACAGUUCGGACGCAGCCUAUCUCUGGGACUGGUACACCAGUUGUGCCUCCCUCCAUCGAGGAAACACCCGUUCCAAAAAAGGUGGUUUCUGCGACCGAGGGUACAACUCCUGGAAAUCCAAAACCCUCGGUCUUCAUUCUGGAAGAGAGUGAGGGGAGCGACGAGGUCCCACUGGCAGAUCGUCCUCACUCUCGUCGGCAACCUCUCCCAAGGUCCAAGAUGGUGGUUCAAGCCGGCCCCUCCACGGCUGAUCGUGGCAAGCGCCCGGUCGAGGAACCGACGGCGGUGGCCGAACCCCUCGCUCAUUCUCAGGACCAGGAUGUCCCUACCUCAUCCGAAACGGCGGUUCCGGUCGACCCAUCUGCAGCCGACCGUGGCAAACGCCCGCUCGAGGAACCCGAGGCAACGACGGAAUCGCCUGCUUCAUGGGAGGUCGAAUUCAAAGCCCUCAUCUCCAGCACAACUGCAAAGUCCGGUCCUUCGGCUGCUACAACUGAAGCUGCCGAUCCAAGCGCCCUAACCCAGUUGCGAGAAGUCCUGUCGCUUUCAACAUCGCAAGUACUUGAGCGCAACGGUCUUGAUCUGCUUGGCACCGCUUUAAAGGCCGAACAGGAUCUGCAAGCCGCCACGGCCGUGCAAGACACCCUUCGUCCGAAAAUCGACGAUCUACGGGCAAAAUGA